ACAGUUAGAAGGCCGCGUGAACACAGUGGGACUCUAGUAGGGAGACGGAGAGCGAGCAAGUGAGCGAAUCCAAAAUGGCGAUAUCGGGAGAUUUCAGGGUCUCUGCAACACUGGCCUCUUACAACAAGCACCUUCUUCGAAGCUCUAUGCCUACUUCAAAUUCAAAGGUAGAGUUCAUUGGUUUUCCUGGUCGGGGAUCUGGCACAUUCCCAAACAUACACAAGUGGCCUGGUAUCAUGCUUGAUAGAUGUAAAAUUCAGGAUCACUCUAGACGAUUUUCUGGGAUUACUGGAGAUUAUCAGCUAUCUUCGACCCCAAUUAGUGAUGCUGCUGAAAGCUUUCUCCUAAAUGCUAUAAACAUGAGCUUCCUUGAGCGUUUAAACCUGGCAUGGAAGAUAAUAUUCCCAUCACCAGCACGAAGAAAGAGCUCAAAUGCAAGGAUUGCCAAACAGCGGUUGAAGAUGAUUCUUUUCUCUGACAGAUGUGCUGUUAGUGACGAGGCAAAACAGAAGAUUGUAAGCAACAUUGUGCAUGCUUUAUCAGAAUUUGUGGAGAUAGACUCAGAAGAUAAAGUCCAGCUGAGUGUCACUGCAGAUCUUGAUGUUGGGACUGUGUACUGUGUUACAGUGCCUGUACGAAGGGUGAGGCCAGAAUAUCAGGAUGCAGAAGAAAUUGGUACAAUAACAAAUAUUGAGUACAAAGAUACUGGAGAAACUUCUGGUUCUGUGGAUGUCCGAUUUGAUUUCUUCAUCCCAGAUGAAAGAAUAUAAUAAAACAAAGUGUCGGCGAGUACCAUCCUUCCAUGUUUGGAUCUUUAGCUUGGGAGAUAAGCUUGCAGUUCUGUAUAUAUGAGAAAUGCAUGGUAGGCUAUUGAAGAUUUUCCUGUUUUAUUUUUGCAGUUAAUUGAAUGGCUGGUUAAUGACGUUAAAGCAUGUUAAUAAGCAUGGUAUUUGAAUCCUGCAACGGGUAUUUCCGUAUUUACCAUUGUGUUGGAUGAGGUUUUUCACUCUCGGAAGAAAUUUGUAAGUUGUGAACUUGAGUUCUGGAGACGACCGACAUUCUUGUCAUUAUUCACUGAAUCUCGUAGUUGAGCUUUUUUAUUUACC